GUUCAUUAUUUUCUAAAGAGUUCGAUUCCGUGUAUCCCUCUUUGAAUCUCGUUAUAUCGUAAAUUAGCAGAAAAAUGUCGAAUAAAGAAAGAUAUACAUAUAUACGGUCUAUUAUUUUCCCUUUCCUUUUCGGAUGUCUUUUCGGACUUUUUGGAUCGGUCGACGGUGCCAUGACCAUCGAGCAAAUGCAAAAAACCGCAACAGGAAUUCGUAAUACUUGUAUAACGAAGACUGGUGUAAAAGCAGAGCUUGUGGACGGAAUGAAGACUGGCCAAUAUCCGGAAGAUCACGAUCUACAGUGCUAUACGCAAUGCGUUAUGAAAACAAUUCGUACGUUUAAAAAUCAAAAAGUGGACGUGGAUAUGGUGAUCAAGCAAGUCGAAAUGAUGAUGCCGAUUGAAUGGCAAGAUCAAAUGAAAGCUGCGGCAAGAAAGUGUGGAGCGUUGGAACCCUCUGACGACAUAUGCGUUACGGCCUUCAACUACGUCAAGUGCUAUCAUAAAUCGAUUGUUAUUAUAAAAACGCUUAAUGUCGAAGUUUCGAAAAUUAACAUAGAAAAGUCUGACAGCUAUUCGUUGGAAAAAAUGAGGGCUACGAUUCUUUUAAUCUCGUUGUUCGUCGUCCUGGCGAAUUUAUAUAAUGUGGAAAGUAAAAAAAUGGAUAUGGAUCAAAUAAGAAACGUAGUAAAAUCUGCGAGAAAAACUUGCGCAAGUCAAAUCGGUGCUUCGAAAGAAUUAUUGGAUAAUGCAGCACAAAAAGGUGAAUUUCCACCCGAUCCAAAGCUUCAAUGUUACCUUAAGUGCAUAAUGGUAUUAUCCAAAGCUAUGAAAAACGAUCAAUUACGGCCAGAAGUAAUGAAAACACAAGCCGAAUUGAUGUUAAUCGACGAAAUAAGCGAACGGAUCAAAGAAACGAUCGACAAAUGUUACCCGAGUAUAACCAGCAGCGAUGCUUGCGAAGCCUCAUGGCAAUUCGCCAAGUGUUAUUAUGAAACGGAUAGUUCGAUUUAUUUUAUCCCAUGAAGAAAAUAUCCUCAACGUAUUCACGAACAAAUUCAAGACUUAUCUCGCAGAGAUGGCAAAGAACACGGUUUAAGAGAACUUCAGAUGCGAUUUGUAAAAAUUCAAGAACUAAACGAAAUUGUAGAAGAGUUUAGAUUUUAGUUUUUAUUAUUAUUGUCACCAGUCAUAUUCUAUAAAAAAAACUGGAAUACUAUGUACCUUUAAAUUUGUUUUAUCUCGUCCUGAAGACGCAAAAACGAUAAAUCACCAUUCAUAUAAUAAUUCUUCAAAUAAAUUAUGCGGUAUGUUCUUGUUCGUGAUAUUCUUAUAAAAAAUUAAAUCUUUGUAAAAUUGUUAAACAUAUGAAAUAUAAAUAUAUGAAAUAAUCGAUGAAAAUUA